AUGCUUCUAUGUUUCUUAUGUUUUGCUUUUGGAAUUGGUUUUAGUUUAAUAUUUUUUCUUGGAGAUGAUGAAAAUUAUAUACCUAAUUAUGAUGAAUAUAAUAAUAAGAUUGUAUUUUGGAGUAAUGAUUUUCAUAUUAGUCCAAUACAUGAUCUUAAACAAUUAUUAAUACCAUUAGAUGUUCGUUUUAUUGAUAAAAGUUUAUCAGGAGCAUGUCGUUUAACAAAUACUUGUGCAAAAGAACUAUAUGUAUUAUCGAAUUCUAAUGGUAUGAAUCCAAGUAAAGCAAUUCGUAAACAAUUUUAUGAAUUCUAUAAAAAUGAUCGAUUAAUGAAUCUCGUAGAUGUAUUUGUUUGUUUUCAUCCAGCUGCUAUGUGUGAAUUAUUUAUGCCAUUUAAUCGUACGAUUAUUGUUAUUGCAUCAACGCGUUAUGAACUUGGACGUUUUUCAAUUAAUGAAUGGAAUGAAUGGAAUAAGAAUUUACGUAUUAUUGCUUCAGAUCCUCGAAAUAUCGUUGCUGGAAAUAAUCUAUACGAUGCUGAAUAUAUACGAUAUUUUACUGGUAUUAAUACGACAGUUUUGCCGUCGAUAUGUGAUUAUACAAAAGUUGUCUAUCGAUCUGCAAAUACUCGUUCGGAAUAUAUUUUUAUACCAUCACAUGAUCAUAUUGAUUUCAAUGAGCAAUUUCUCGAUGAAUUAAAUUUUUCAAUAAGGAAAUUUAAAUCAUCAAUUGUUGUUAAACCUUUACGUCAAUUAUAUAAAUUUUAUAAAUAUCGCGAUUUAGUUCGUCAUCCAGCUAUUAUCUAUUUACCAUAUCAAGUAUCAACAAUGAGUAUAUUCGAACAAUAUACAAUGAAUAUUCCACUCUUCUUUCCAUCCAUUGAUCUGUUAACUGAAUGGCAUUUAAAAUAUGAUAUUGUAUUUGAUCGAACAUGGGAUAAAGCACUAACUGGUCAAGGUAAAAAUCGUUCCAUUAUAUCAAGUUAUGAUUUAAAUUCAACAAUACCCGAUCCAAAUAAUGAAUAUGAUUAUUCAUCUAUACGUUAUUGGUUACAAUAUGCAGAUUUUUAUCAAUGGCCACAUAUAACCUAUUUCAAUUCAACUGAUGAUCUUACUUUAAAAUUACUAAAUACAAAUUUAACAUAUAUCAGUCAACAAAUGUCAGUAUAUAAUCAUAAGAAAAAAUUGAAUUUACUUCAACAAUGGAAAACAAUUCUGGCUCGUAUUUCUACAACAUAA